GGCAGCUGUUGAGCGGGGUGUGAUAUAUUCGUACCGUGUCGUUUGUUGCGCAGAUACUCCAUCGACCGCCACACGGACCUAGAGAGGCUGUUCAACAUCGACUCUGUGAACGGCAGCAUCACGACCCUGAAGGCCCUGGACCGAGAGAUGUCCCGCUGGCACAACAUCUCCGUGGUCGCCACGGAAAUAAACAACCCUCGCCAGACAACACGCGUCCCCGUGUUCAUCAAGGUGCUGGACGUCAACGACAACGCCCCCGAGUUCGCCAUGUCCUACGACACCUUCGUCUGCGAGAACGUCAAAGCAGGACAGCUGAUCCAGACGAUCAGUGCUGUGGACACAGAUGAACCUCUUGUCGGCCACAAAUUCGUCUUCAGCAUAGCCCCAGCCAACCCAAACUUCACCAUAGUGGACAGAGAAGACAACACGGCCAACAUCCUGACGCGGAGGGGCGGGUUCCGGCGCCGCGAGAUGAGCAUGUACUUCCUGCCCGUGGUCAUCUCGGACAACGACUACCCCAUCCAGAGCAGCACCAGCACGCUGAUUGUGCGCGUGUGCGCGUGCGACAGCCGCGGCAACAUGCAGACGUGCAACCCCGAGGUGCUGCCCUUCUCCGACGGCCUCACCACCGGCGCCCUGGUGGCCAUCCUGCUCUGCGUCGUCAUCCUCCUCAUGAUCGUGGUUCUGUUUGCCGCCCUGCGGAGGCAGAGGAAGAAGGAGCCCCUGAUCAUCUCCAAGGAGGACGUGCGCGACAACGUGGUGAGCUACAACGACGAAGGCGGCGGCGAGGAGGACACCCAGGCCUUCGACAUCGGCACGCUGCGCCACCCCGAGGCCAUGGACGCCAACAAGAUGAGGCGGGACAUCAUCCCCGAGAUGCUGUUCCCGUACCGACGGUCGUCGCCGACCAAGGACCACAACGGGGACGUGCGGGACUUCAUCAAUGGCCGCCUCCAGGACAACGACAGCGACCCUACGGCGCCGCCCUACGACUCGCUGGCCACCUACGCCUACGAGGGCAGCGGGUCGCUGGCCGAGUCCCUGAGCUCGCUGGAGUCGGGUGCCACAGAGGGAGACCAGGAUUACGAUUACCUCACCGGCUGGGGCCCGCCCUUCAAGAAGCUGGCGGAGAUGUACGUGGCCAAGAGCCCCGAUAGAGAGACUUAGGAGUGCGGUGCUGCCGGUGGUGGCUUGAGGAUUCUCUAUCUUGCUUUCACUUUCGCUUUAGCUUUCUCUUUCUCUUUUUCUUUCAUUUUCUCUUUCGCUCCCUCUCCCUCUCCCACUCUCUCCCUCUCCCUCUCCCUCCCUCUCUCACUCCCUCUCUCUCUCUCUCUCUCUCUCUCACACAAAUGCACAUACUGUACACACACACACUCACACAUUCCUGCCAUCUGGGUGUGGAUGUUUUCGGAAAACGUUGGAAGCCAGAACUUGAACUUGAAGCGGAACUUUCUAAACCAAUUGAGGAAAAAACUAAAGGUUUUACUCGCAGUUUUACUGUUUUUUGGUUUUUCCUUUUUGGGUCUUAAAUCAGUAAAGAUGCCUUUUGAAUUUUAGGACAUUUUGUGAAUCAUAGUGAGGGCAACGUGUUUUGUAACUGAGCUGAGAGAUAGUAGUGUUGUAUACUAUCGGUGUUUAAUGGCGGCAGGCUUAAGGGUUUUAUUGGUGGGUAGAGAUUUUUUCAGUUACUUCUUGCCCAAUUACAUUAGAUACUGUAAAUGUACAAACUGUUUUUUGAUGAUGGACAUCCUAUAUACUAUUUGGUAUCUUCGUUUGACAAGCAAUGUUCAUGAAUGUUCGUGGAUGGUUGGUGCAGUUUAAUUCGUCGAAACUGUGUACUCAUGAUUUCAUCGUAUAUGUGUAAUAUGUAAUGGAAAAAAAGAAAGUGUAUCUUUUAGGAUUAAAACAAAAAACACCCUGUCAUACACUGGAUUCAAUGCCAUUUGAAUGCUGAGUCAUAUUGUUUUAUAUUUAUAUUUUUAUACUUAUUUUCUUAA